AUGUUCGGCCUUCGCUGUCUUCUGUCUGCCACUUUGGCACUGAAUUCGGUUCUAACAACCAAUGCUUCACCGUUGAACGUCAAGUCUUUGGGUAAAGAUUUCGGUGAUCUAUUUCGUCACAAGUCCAAGGAAAGGCGUGGUCCAGAACCUGUAGAACUUCACCCAGUGGACGAUAUCCGUGCAAUAACCCAUGGCCAACCUAUACGUCGUCAAGACCUUGGGAAUGCUGUAUUCAAUCCGCUGGACGUGGAAACCUUUUCCUGGGCCACUCUUGCGGGUCAGCGUCUAAUUGUCGUGAACCUCACCUUGUCCAGGCCAAACGACAACGAGUUCCUUCUGCCCCUCAAGAACUUUGCCACGCGAUUGAAAUUCCAUGAUUGCGGAAAAGGAGACAACAAACGGAUUGCCUUUGGAUUCCACGACCCCGAUUCCUACAAAUACGCCAGAAGCAAGUGGGAGCCUGCCAACAAUUCCCCUGGGAAGUUAACCAUUGUCACCGAGCCGGACCAGUGUUACCAAGGUGACGCCAGAGCAACUUACAUCGUGAACAGCGUUAAAUUCGACGAUGGUGCUUUGACCAGUGAAUUUGCUGUCGAAGAAAAGCCAUGGACUCACCUUGCUCAGCGAUCCGAGUAUCGCAUCAAGUUUGGAACCGAAGACGUCGAUCUCGAACGAAUCACUGACGCCCAUGCACGCCUGAAGCGUGAGGAAAACAAGAUGGACUUUGACAAAUCGUUCAACAGCAAUCUCUUUGACUUUCCAGAGGAUUCCAGGAUCACUCAGGGCAUGGCGAUCAAAGCUGACGUCGACUUUUACGCCAGAGGCGCUCUCAUCUCAGAUAUGGAAGUCAAGUCCAAGGGUGGAAUAAGCAUCUUCGGAAAACCCAAGGCCAAGCGUUUCGGUUUUGGUGAUAUCUUCGAUAAGAUUGAGUCCGUCGCCGCUCCUGUCAUCGAGGAGGUCAAAUCAGAAGUUGCUCCUAUUGUAGAAGAAGUCAAAUCCGUUGCCGCACCAAUCGUUUCUGCAGUUCCAGAAGUCAUCGAAGAAGUCAAAGACCUGGUCGAACCCGAAACGGUCGAGGUGUCAGUUCGACCGGAAGGUAUGGAAGCAUUCUUCAAGUUGAGCAUCAAAGCAAAGGGCAAGCUCGGAAAUGGUCUUGAUUUUGUGAUGAAUCCUGAGAUCGAGAUCGGUUUCACUCCAUUCAGAAUCAAGAACCUCCUUGAACUGGGACCCUUUCUCGUUAUUGGUGUACAUGUCGGCGCAGACGAGUUGAAAGGAGACUGCGGGUUCACUGUGGGGGCUAAAGGACACAUUGACAACAAGGCCAAGCUGUAUAUGAAUAUGCUAGACACGAGCAAAAACGAGAAUAGUGGCUGGGACCCGAACUUUGAAAAGGUCGAGCCUGAUUUCAACGGCACCAUUACUGGCACGCUCAAAGCUUGGAUGGAGUGGAGUCUUGUUAUGAAAGCGGAGGUCUUUGGCAAGUGGGGCUACGAAGCAGCAAUUGAUACCAGAAUUCCAUACCUCACCUCUGAUCUCAAGACUUUGACUGAUGACGACGGGGUCUGCAACACAACCAAGACACUCGCACUCCAAGUCACUAACAAGGUUGGCAUGAAUAUCAACAUCAAUGCUGGAAAGGUAAAUCAGAUGAACCCGGACCACAAAAAGGAUGUUUAUCAAUCAAUGUUUCCUUUAUUCACUAGCUGUGUACCAUUUGGCCCAGACAAGGCUACCAAAACAGAGAGUAGUGGAGAGGCCUCAGCGACAGGAAGCGGAGAGGCCUCAGCAACAGGAAGCGGAGAAGCCUCGGCAACAGGAAGCGGAGAAGCUUCAGCAACAGGAAGUGGCAGCGCUGAAGCUUCUGCUACAGGCUCCGAAACUGGAGAGUCAUCGGCCAAAGAAACGGGAGAAUCGUCUGCGACAGAGACUGGCGAGGCCUCAGCGACCGAGACUGGCGAGGCUUCAGCGACCGAGACUGGCGAGGCUUCAGCGACCGAGACUGGAGAGUCGUCUGCAGCAGAGACUGGGGAGACAUCGGCGGCGGAGACUGGAGAGGCUUCAGCGACCGAGACUGGUGAGGCUUCAGCGACCGAGACUGGCAAGGCCUCAGCGACCGAGACUGGAGAAACCUCAGCGACCGAGACUGGAGAAACCUCAGCGACCGAGACUGGAGAAACCUCAGCGACAGAGGAAUCCGAGUCCACCAGCACAUCUAAGGGUAAAUCCAAAAGCUCUGCGACCGAGACAGAUGAGAGCGAGGCCACUGCCACUGAGUCUUCCGCCACCAAGAACAACAAAGCCAAAACGAUCACCGACGCCUCGGCUGAAGCCACAGAGACUGGUGAAGCCGAAUCAAGUGCAACGGAUGAAGACGAGUCCAGCAGUACAUCUAAAGGGAAGUCUAGCAAGACUACAAGUAGCGAAGCGGAGCCUACUGAAACCGAGUAGGAGGCGUCACCAGGUUUUUUAUAUGAGUCAUG